AUGGUCUGGAGGAUAAUCCUACUCCUGCACCUGGGCUACUCAGGAGCAGAGCUAUACCUGCGUGGAAUUAACGAAAGCUAUACGGAGCAGGAGGAGAGGCUCCUAAGCCUGCUUUUGAGGUUGCAGCAGGAGGAGUACUACGACACCUUGAUGGUGUAUGGAGAGGAGUGUCCCUUCCACUCCCUGUCUAGAAGCUUGGAGGUUCCUGCUGUGAUGGUGCCCUUGGGUGGCACUAACUACGACUGGAAUUUUGGUAGCCUUACGCUGAUUCUAAGCUGUGGCUUUCCAGCCGAGCGAGAGGAAAACCACCGCACUUUGAUGAAACUCCAGCUAAACAGAAGAAUAAUCCAUCUCCAGAAGGAUAUCAAUGUGGAAUCCGUGUGCAAUUACUAUGCAAAAAACGAACAAUAUAAUAUAGCUGUGGUGAGGGAGGACUUUGGUCGUUCAGGCAACAUCUACGUUUGUCGCUGCUUCCAAAAAACCAAGUACAUAGAGGUGAAUCUCUUUAGUGGCAGACCCAUUUUCUUUGAACAAUUUCGCAAUAUGCAAGGAGCAGCCAUCAAAAGCCUCACUGAUAACUUGGCACCCCGUUCCAUGGCUUAUCGGGACCCAAAAACUGACCAGAAGAAGUUUAAAGGCUAUGUGGCCAAUGCCCUAAACAGCUUUGUGGAGAAGGUUAAUGCCACUCUCGCCUGGCAAUUGGAUGUGGCUCCUCCCGGCAAAAGAAUAUUCUUUACAAAUAUUACAAAAUGGACUGCCGAGGACCUCUUGGAUAUAGGCAUGUCCGUGGACUCCACCUGGGAUAAAUGGAACUUGGAUACCCAAACGUAUCCCUACUUGAUGUGCUCCUACUGCUUCAUGGUCCCUCUGCCGGACUUGCUUCCUUACUAUGAGAUUUACACAUACAUUGUGGAUUUGGAUGUCCUGGCCGUGAUCUUUGUGCUGUUUUGCAUUUUCUCGCUGCUGCUUAUCUAUGGCCAGCAGAUGUCCUGGCAAGGGCUGAGCCUAUCACGAGUCCUGCUGAAUGAUAGGUGCUUUAGGGGACUGCUGGGUCAGCCCUUUCCCUUUCCACUGCAUUCCACCAAGAAGCUGAAGUUGAUCUGCUUCCUGCUGUGCUUUGCCAGCCUGUUGACCACCACCAUGUAUGUGGCUUACCUGCAGGCUUUUUUGGCCACCCCACCACCCAUGCCGAGAUUGAGAUCUUUUAAGGACUUACACAACUCCAGGUAUACAGUGGCCAUUAGCCUGGGUGAAAUGGAUGUACUGGGUUUUGCGGAUAAUAGAAGGCUGCAGAACGUGGACCCGGAAAAGCUUGAAGUCUUUGAGGAUUAUGUCAAAUUUUUUCACCUGCGAGAGACUUUUAAUAACAAUUACCUCUUCCCAGUCACUGAUUUACGCUGGAGCACCUACAAAGAGCAGCAGAAGAUAUUUGCCAGUCCCGUUUUUUACUACACCGAUGCCUUUUGCCUGAGCCGCUUUAAUUUCCUGAGCUUUCCUGUUAGACGCCACCUGCCCUAUCGUCAUCUCUUCGAGGAGCACCUGCAGCGACUGAAGGAGUUUGGUCUCCUCAAGCACUGGCAGGAUCGUAGCUUCUUUGACAUGGUGAUGCUGGGACUCACACCUUUGGAGGACUUCAGUCCUCUCCCCGAGACAGAUUCCAUAGACCUGUAUGAUUUAUCCUGGAUUUUUGGCAUGUAUUUCGCUGCCUUGGGACUCUGUUGCUGCUGCUUUUUUGUGGAACUCUGGGGCUCCCUAAACUGGUGGAGACGCUUCAAGAGAUGGACCACAAAUUAA